AUGGAAAGAGAGGACCCAGAAUCCACUAUCAACUCCACAGACACAUCACAAAUAUUUCAUUGUUUAACAACCCUCGUAUGUUUCAUGUUGUCGGCGUCUUCGGUGGCAGUUUGUCUGUUUAUGAACGUUAAAACAUCUCAUCUUGAGCGUAAAAUUGAGCUUUUGGAGAUGGAGCGACUGUCUGUGAUUGAACCUGUGCACGCGACACUGGAUGCGAACGCGACUUUUCGGGAUGCGAUAGAGAAACUUGUGCAAGAGAGACUCAAAGAGGGAGUGUCGAAAAUUCGCACAGCUCGAGAAGCAGCGCAAGAGUGCUCCUGUCCUCCAGGUCCUCCAGGAAAACGGGGAAGAAAAGGCAACCCUGGAAUUCCAGGCACUCCAGGACGAGAUGGCUACCCGGGUCCAAUGGGUAUGGAUGGUAAACCUGGACCUCCAGGUCCAAAUGGCAGUCAGGGAAUGCCGGGACCAAAAGGAGAUAAGGUAUAUUCACCCCACAAUAUAUUCCUGCAUGAUAAAUGUGCAAUUUAUGGAGCCAUCAAGGCAUCUAACAGUAGAAAAAUGAACCAAAUCAUUGAGAGUGCUGACAUGAGCAGACAGGAAAAGGAAAACAGCCUCUCCCAUGGGCUGUGUUCCUCUUUUUGUGUGGAUGGACCACCGGCCUACACUGCCUCUGCAGGCCUGCUCAGUAAUCAGAUUCUCACGGUUAAGGGUGAUCAAGGUCAGGCUGGGCCCCCAGGUCCCCCAGGACCUCCAGGAACACCUGGUCCCAGAGGGCCUCCAGGAAACACAGGCAGAGAUGGGCCGCAGGGCCACCCAGGAGAACCAGGUCCUGCUGGAAAAGAUGGAAAUGAGGGACCAAGAGGGCCACCUGGCUUGCAGGGUAUGAAUGGUGUCAAUGGCAUACCUGGCCCACAUGGCCCUGCAGGGCAAAAGGGGGAUAAGGGUGCUCCAGGUACUGAGGGGAAGAGGGGAACUGAUGGAUCCCCUGGCAUGAAGGGAGAUGUUGGAGAUCCAGGACCCCAGGGAGAGAAAGGAGCCACUGGUUUCAUAGAAAAUGAUGACCUGGCUGUUAGAUUAAAAACUCUACAGGGGCCUCCAGGACCUCCAGGAGAGCAAGGGCCAAAAGGAGAAAUGGGCAUGCCUGGAGCACCCGGACCUGAAGGAAAGCAGGGCCAGAAGGGAGAGAGAGGUGAUGCAGGAGAGCCUGGAGCAGCAGGAGCAAAAGGGGAAAAGGGGGACAUUGGGCUAACGGGGCCUUCAGGGGAAGCAGGGCACAAGGGAGAUAAAGGAGACUCUAGGCUUGAGGACAGUCUGGCCCAGAUUAUCUCUAUGCCUGGCCCACCAGGGCCACCUGGACCCCCUGGGCCUGCCGGUUAUCAUGGAAUACCUGGACCCAAGGGAGAGCCUGGUGAGUCAGUUAAAGGAGAAAAGGGCGACGCUGGAGAGAAAGGUCCACCUGGGCAGCGGGGUCUUCAAGGCUUUCCAGGGUCUAAUGGCUUGGUAGGCCUGCCAGGUGCAAAAGGUGAAAAGGGGAAACAAGGUGAACCAGGUUUAGAUGGUUUCCCAGGGCUUCAAGGAGAAAAGGGGGACAGAGGAGACAAAGGGGAGAAGGGUGACAGAGGUUCAAUAGGAAAAAAAGGUCUGAAAGGACAGAAGGGAGAGCAGGGACCUCCAGGGCUUGAUCAGCCUUGUCCUGUGGGGCGUGAUGGGCUGCCCAUACCAGGAUGCUGGCAUAAGUAAUGACUAACCUGGAGUAUGGAGUUUGUACAUAUUGAUAUAUAUUUUGCAAGUAAAAUAAGCUUUUUCUCCCAAUUUUUUAGUCAUUUCUUAUUUAAUAAAUUGGGUUUUUAUAUGGGAGCCAUUUCAAAAAUAAUAUCUGUAUCACUGCAUUAACAAAAGAGAGGCUCUCCACUGCCACAAUAACAAGUGUAGAAAAGUAAUGAAGCGAGCAUCAUAGGUGCUGAGACUUUACUGAUAUUGAGAAGAGACAUGAACUCAAUGCUUGUGGAUGCACAGAGAAUGCUGCUGCUGUCCUUAAUGGGAGUACAUAACCCUGAACUUUCUAACAGACUGGCCAAUGUGUCUGCAAAUGAUUACUUCUUCACUGGCUGUCUUACUUUCCUGGGCGUCAUUUGAAACAACCAACCCCUUCCAUUCUUUGCUAAAUGUUUGCUUUGAAAGGAAGAUGCUUCAGGGCAGGGUGGCAAAGCCAAGCACCCAUCUCAGCCCUAAAGGACACUGAAUGGGAUGUAUGGAGGGAGUAUGCUUUGCCAGUUCAGCUGGAUGUUUCCAGUGAAAGGGCUCACCUGUACUACAGGGUGGAAUGCAAUGUGGACAUUGCACUGGAUUUGUACUGGUGUACAUAUGGACAAAUCUGUACUCAGGAAACUCUUUUCUCUUGGUCAGUAGGAAACAACUUACUGUCUUUUGCUCCAUUUCUAACUAAAAUACACCAGUGUAGAUGUG